CGUCUCUCUCGCUGACUCACGAAGCUUUCUCUUACAUAACCACCUCUCGUUCACACAGUCCCGGAGAAUUUCAGACCGGAGGUUUCAAUUUCUCAUGACUUUGAUCUCCUGGUGAAGAAGCUGCUGAUUGAUACGGUGGAAAUGGAGGACGAGGUCUGUGUAUGCAAUUGGUCUGUCUCUUCGUCUCCAUUUCUCAUUGCUUAUCCCGAAAGGGUUUUCCUGGAAGGGAGAUCCUGUGGAGAUUGAUACGACGCACUCCCAUUUCCAAUCUUAUUGACCCCCACGAAGCAAGAUGGAGAAGAAGGGAAGGUGAUUUGGGAAAUGAAAGGCUCGAUUUUUACCGUUUUACCAAUGGAGAAUCAUCACCCUUCCACCCUCUUAUCCAUGGAUUCUAGUGCCUCGUCUCAUGAGGAGCUUGAUCUGGAGAUUAAAAAUGGUAACGGUAAUCAGCAAAUUACGCUUUACCACCCGCCCGAUAUCAAUCUGCCGUUGCUGGUAGGACGAAGCUCCUCCCCUUCACAAGCGUGGAUCUCAGAUUCUUGUGAUAACAUUUUGGAUGUUGGGCUUAGCUCGCAGGCUUAUGAGACUGAGACUUUCCUCAAUGUGGUUCCUAACAAGAUCACGAAGAAAUGUUUUAAACGGUGCGAUAGUAUUUGGGGUGCCUGGUUCUUCUUCAGCUUCUACUUCCGGCCUGCCUUGAAUGAGAAAUCCAAGUGCAAGGUCAUGCGUGACAGCAAGUGCGGUUCCUUUACUGGGUUCGAUAAAUCCGACCUCAAGCUUGAUGUUUUUCUUGUCCAGCACGAUAUGGAGAAUAUCUAUAUGUGGGUUUUCAAGGAAAGGCCUGAGAAUGCUCUCGGGAAAAUGCAGUUGAGAAGUUACAUGAACGGGCAUUCAAGGCAAGGUGAACGUCCAUUCCCGUUUAGUGCAGAGAAAGGGUUUGUCCGGUCUCAUAGGAUGCAGAGAAAGCAUUAUCGUGGGCUCUCCAAUCCUCAAUGUGUUCACGGAAUCGAGUUUCUCCCUUCGCCGAACUUGCUAUGUCUCAGCGACGAAGACAAGAAAAGAUGGAUGGAGCUGACGGGUCGUGACUUGAAUUUCACAAUCCUGCCUGAAGCUAGUGAUUUCAGUUCAUGGAGAAAUCUGCCCAACUCUGAAUUCCUGCUCGAUAGGCUAACUCAUGCCACUAAAGCAGCACCCAAUUCCCAUACGAAGAAGCUGCUCAACGGCUCGGGGCUACACUUGACAACUCAUCCAUCUUUCCACAGCAAUGGUGGGGACUCAUCAGAUCAAUCUGCUGGAGCCAGCAAGAAGAGAAAGGAGUUUCUAUCGCCAGGAAGCAGCGAAGAAGAAUGUUGUUUGACCGUGAACAUGGAUACUAAGGAGCUACCGAACUGGAAAAACGAAUUCACGGGCGUGAUGAAGAGCGUGAAUGGUCCGGUUACAGCUGCAAAGACUAUAUACGAAGAUCAAGAAUCGUAUCUGAUCAUCGUAAGCUUACCCUUUGUGGAUCUGAGCAGCGUGAAGGUAUCGUGGAGGAACAGCAUAGCUCGUGGGAUCGUAAAGAUAACGGGUUUGAGCACAUCAUGUGCACCAUUUGUCAAGAGACGGGAUCGAACAUUCAAGAUGGCGGAUCCGAGAUCCGAGCACUGCCCGUUCGGGGAGUUCGUGAGGGAAGUGCAGUUGCCAAGCCGGAUUCCAGAAGAUGCAAAGAUCGAAGCGUAUUUCGACGGGGCGAUUCCGGUUCUGGAGAUUAUGGUGCCAAAGUUAAAAGGAGGAGAGGAGGAAGAGCAUGAGGUUAGGGUUUGUCUAAGGCCUCACCUUGGAACCAGCGAGCUCAUGUUGUGAUUCUCUUGAUGUUUUAACAGUGUAUCGUUGUUGUUAACUUGCAAGGCGAAAAAAAUAAUGCAAAUUGGUAUGCUAACUGCUUUUACUUGGUUGAUAUUAUUGUUUUUUUUUCC